AUGAUGCAUUUCUCUCUCCUCGGAGCUACGGUAUCUCUGUUGUGCGCGAGUGCUACGGCGUUCAUACCAGCAUCGACUUAUAAAACAGACAAGCUCAAUGACCAUGGUAUGACAAAGUUGGAGACGUAUCUCCACAAGAACCGCGACCAUAAUGCUUGCAGCUUGGACACAGCUGUGAAGCGUCAGGAGUGGAGUACCCUUUCGAACUCCAACAAGAAGAAGUACAUCAAUGCCGUGCUGUGCCUCCAAUCGAAACCAGCAAGAAGCGGCAGCAUCGCCCCGGGAGCAAAGUCACGCUACGACGACUUCUUGGCCACUCAUAUAAACCAGACUCUGACGAUCCACGGCACCGGCAACUUUCUCAGCUGGCAUCGCUACUACAUCUACACUUUCGAAGAAGCUCUCCGUAAUGAGUGUGGCUACAAGGGUUACAUACCAUAUGCGAACUGGGGAAAAUAUGCCGAGGACUUGUUGAAUGCUCCCAUCUUUGACGGCAGCGAAUACUCCAUCUCUGGCAAUGGCGAGUAUAAAAAUCACACGNGGGCUGUGAUUCCUAGCCCAGCCACGCCGUUCAUCCAGCUUCCUGCAGGUUCUGGAGGUGGCUGUGUCUCCACUGGCCCUUUCCGUAACAUGACUGUCAAUCUUGGUCCUGUGGCUCCUGUGUUCAGCGAUGUCCCUGCAAACCCUCGUCCUGAUGGCUUGGGCUAUAACCCUCGCUGUCUUCGUCGCGACAUCGGUGCGUAUGCCGCCAGCAUCGCCUCCACAGAUGCCAACAGCACAGCCCUGAUCAGACAAAACACCUACAUUGGCGACUUCCAAACCGUCAUGCAAGGUGACUUUGCAGCAGGCUUGCUGGGCGUGCACACAGCCGGCCACUUCUGGGCUGGCGGUGACCCUGGCGGUGACAUUUUUUCUUCCCCUGGUGAUCCUUGGUUCUGGCUCCAUCAUGCGCAAAUCGACCGUACUUGGUGGAUCUGGCAGAAUCAGGAUCCAGCAAGCCGCAGCAGUGCCAAGGGCAAUAACUUCUUGGCUGGAACUAUCACUCUGAACAACAACCCGCCGUCGAGGAAUACAAGGCUGGAUGAUGUGAUCGAUUUGGGUGUCAAUGCGAAGAGUAUUCUGGUCGAGGAUGCGCUAAGCACUACAGCUGGACCAUUUUGUUAUGUUUACGUUUGA